GUGGGCUAAACCACAGGAGGAAAUCCCUGGCUUGUGUGACCCGGGGGCCGCUGAUAAAAAGGCCUUUGCCCCCUCCCUUUGGGGCCCGAUGUGCCUGCUGCCCACUUGCAGGCAGCAUCGCUGCCCUCCAUCUCCCAGCUGAGCCUCCUCUCCCUCCAACUGUCACCAACCGACUCUCCCUUGGAUUCUCCACAGCAUUCCAGCCCCUCCCCCUGCAGACCCUCGCUGCUCCUCUGGCCCCCAGAGUGUGGGUGCAGCACCCAUCUCCCUGCCCACCCCGGGCUGAACCAGCUGGCCACUGUGCUGACCAUGCGGUCCCCCCACCCGAGGCCUCCACUGCCUGGGGCGCCAGCGGCAGGCUGGGCAUGACCUCUCCGGAGGGUCCCAGGUUGAGAACCCCGAGCGCGGCCGCAGGAAGCGAGGAGGAGCGGUGCUUGCGGGCAAACGACCGGGCCUUCAACCUGCAGUUCGAUUAUGCUAAAAACUCCAUUAAAACCUCCAAGUACAACCUGUUCACCUUCCUGCCUCUCAACCUCUUCGAGCAAUUCCAGCGAGUCGCCAAUGCCUACUUCCUCGUCUUGCUCAUUCUGCAGCUCAUCCCUGAGAUCUCCUCCCUCUCCUGGUUCACCACAGUGGUGCCUCUGGUCUUGGUCCUGACCGUGUCCGCAGUCAAGGAUGCCAUGGAUGACGUUAAUCGCCACGCAAAUGACAAGCAAGUCAACAACCGGCCAGUUAAGGUUCUGAUUAAUGGCAGUUUGAAGGAAGACUUAUGGCUCAACGUUGAAGUGGGAGACAUCAUCAAGCUGGAGAACAAUAAUUUUGUGACAGCAGACGUCCUCUUGCUCUGCAGCAGUGAGCCCCACAGCCUGACCUACAUUGAGACGACGGAGCUGGACGGGGAAACCAACCUGAAGGUGAAGCAGGCGCUGACCGUCACUGCGGGGCUGGGGGGGGACCUGCAGGCCCUGACCAGCUUUAAUGGGGAAAUCCGCUGCGAAGCCCCCAACAACCGGCUGGGCAGGUUCACUGGGACCCUCUUCUUCAAGAAGGAGAAAUAUGCCCUGGACAACGAGCAGCUGCUGCUGAGGGGCUGCAUCAUCCGCAACACCGACUGGUGCUUCGGGCUGGUCAUCUUCGCCGGGCCAGACACCAAGCUGAUGCAAAACAGCGGAAAAACCACUUUGAAACGGACCAGCAUCGAGCGUCUCAUGAACUACUUGGUCUUGGUGAUCUUCCUCUUUUUGGCUAUCAUGUGUUUGAUCCUGGCCAUUGGCAACUGCAUCUGGGAAUACAGCCACGGCUACCGGUUCCAGGUGUACCUGCCCUGGGCAACGGAUGUCAACUCGGCAUUUUUCUCUGCAUUUCUUAUGUUCUGGUCCUAUGUCAUCAUCCUCAACACCGUGGUGCCCAUUUCUCUCUAUGUCAGCGUUGAGAUCAUUCGCCUGGCCAACAGCUGUUACAUCGACUGGGACCACAAGAUGUAUUACCCGCCCCACGAUAUGCCUGCCCAGGCCCGCACCACCACCCUCAAUGAGGAGCUGGGGCAGAUCAGAUACGUCUUCUCUGACAAAACAGGGACCCUCACUAAGAACAUUAUGAUCUUCAACAAAUGCUGCAUCGCUGGGAAGCUCUACGGAGAUAUUUUGGAUUCAGAGGGAUUCCUGGUGGAGGACAUUGAGACAAUGGACAAAGUUGACUUUUCGUGGAACCCUUUCGCCGACCCAAAGUUUGUCUUCUAUGACCGCAGACUGCUCCAAGCGGUGAAGGCCAGGGAUGAGUCCACACACAGGUUCUUCCGCCUCCUUUCCCUCUGCCACACGGUGAUGCCAGAAGAGACAAAGGAGGGCACGUUGGUGUACCAAGCCCAGUCCCCGGACGAGGGGGCCUUGGUGACUGCAGCCCGGAACUUUGGCUUUGUGUUUCGUGCCCGCACCCCCACGACCAUCACCGUGGUGGAAAUGGGGGAAACUGUGGUUUACGAGCUGCUGGCCAUUCUGGACUUCAACAAUGUGCGCAAAAGGAUGUCUGUCAUUGUGCGAAACCCGAGGGGUCAGCUGACUCUGUACUGCAAAGGGGCCGACACCAUCCUGUACAAGCUCCUCCAUCCCUCCUGCAAACAGCUCGAGGAAGAGACUACCGAGCACCUGGAUGAAUUUGCCGGGGAAGGUUUGCGGACCUUGGUGGUGGCUUACCGAGACCUGCGGGAGUCUUACUUUGAGGACUGGAAGAAGCGUCACCACAAGGCGAGCACCAGCUUGCAGGACCGAGAGGGAAAGCUGUCCAAGCUGUAUGAGGAGAUCGAGAGAGACCUGCAGCUGCUUGGUGCCACCGCCGUGGAGGACAAGCUGCAGGAAGGGGUCCCCCAGACCAUUGAGAUCCUGGGAAGGGCACACAUUAAAAUCUGGGUGCUCACCGGUGACAAGCAAGAGACCGCAGUGAACAUCGGCUAUUCCUGCAACAUGCUGUACGAUGCCAUGAAGGACAUCUUCAUCAUUCACGGUGACAGCUGGGAGGAAGUGGAGCAGCAGCUCAGGUCAGCAAGGGACAGGAUGCAAGCAGACCUUGAAGCGAAGACAGAAGAGUUUGACAUUAAGAGAUCAACCUCCUCCGGCUUCUGGAACAAAGAGCCCACCAGCGAAGAGUACGGCCUGGUCAUUAAUGGACAUAGCUUGGCCUAUGCGCUGGAGGGAGAGCUCUCGGAAUUGCUGGUGGACACGGCCUGCCUGUGCAAAACGGUGAUCUGCUGCCGGGUGACUCCGCUGCAGAAGGCCCAGGUGGUGGAGCUGGUGAAGAAGUACAGGAACGCCGUCACCCUGGCCAUCGGAGAUGGCGCCAACGAUGUCGGCAUGAUCAAAACUGCUCACAUUGGUGUCGGCAUCAGUGGCCAGGAGGGGAUGCAGGCGGUGAUGUCCAGCGACUUCUCCUUUGCCCAGUUCCGCUACCUGCAGCGGCUGCUGCUGGUCCACGGCCGGUGGUCAUACAUCCGCAUGUGCAAGUUCUUGUCUUACUUCUUCUACAAAAACUUUGCCUUCACACUGGUGCACUUCUGGUACGGCUUCUUCUCCGGCUUCUCCGCCCAGACUGUCUACGAUGAAUGGUUCAUCACCCUUUACAACAUGGUAUACACCUGUUUGCCAGUGCUUGGAAUGAGCCUCUUUGACCAGGAUGUGGACGACCGCUGGAGCCUGCAGUUUCCCCAGCUGUACGUGCCCGGCCAGCAGAACCUGUACUUCAACAAGAAGGAGUUUGCCAAAUGCACCCUCUACAGCAUCUACAGCUCCCUGGUGCUUUUCCUGGUCCCUUACGGAACCACUUUUAAUUCUGUGCGGAGCGACGGGAGGGACGUUACCGAUUACCAGUCCUUUGCCCUCAUGGUGCAGACCUGUCUGCUCAUCGUGGUGUCGGUCCAGAUGGGCUUAGACACAGCCUACUGGACAGCCGUGAACCAGCUCUUCCUCUGGGGCAGCCUGGCCAUCUACUUCGUCAUCACCUUCACCUUGUACAGCGACGGCACCUACCAGAUAUUCACCUCCUCCUUCCCCUUUGUUGGCACCGCCCGGAACAUCCUCAACCAGCCCAAGGUGUGGCUCGCCAUCUGCCUCUGCGUGAGUCUCUGUGUCCUGCCGGUCAUUGGCUUCCGGUUCCUGAAGAUGCAGUUCAUGCCGAGCCUCAGCGAUCAGGUGGUGCGCAAAGUGAGGCAGCUCCGCAAAGCGCCCGGCCCGCCCACCCUGAAGCGCUACCUGCAGCGCAGCGCCUCCCGCCGCUCCGGCUACGCCUUCUCGCACCAGCAGGGCUUCGGCGACCUCAUCACCUCCGGCCGGAACAUGCGGCUCAAGACCCCCGCCGCCGGCUCCGCCGUUUUCUCGCCCUCCGCCCAGAAGUACCGGCCGCGCCUGGAGAAGAAAGAGGGGGGCGCUUCCUAGCCCUCCCCGGCGGGCGACGCCCCGAGCGGCUGGGGGCCGGAGGGACCCUCGCUUCCGCCUUCGGAGAUGGGACUUGGCCGGCGCGAACUGCCACGGCCGGCGGACGGGGGCAGGAGGCGGCGGGUCGGCAGCGGAGUCGCCCUGCCCCCUCCCACCAAGGCCGGGCUGGGGAGGGGCUUCUGGCAGGCUCGGGCCCACAGAGCCCUUCAACACCAGCUCAUCCCCGGCGGCUCUCCCGAAGUCUAACGCUGGCCCGCCGCUGCUUCUGAAGGCUUCCCGCGCUGAAAGGGGCCCUGCCUGAGCUGAGACCCCCGGAAGGCCGGAGAAGGAGAGGGUAAUGUUGCGUGCGCUGCCCGAAGAAAGAUGCUGCCUCGCGGAGAGUCUGGGCUUCUGGGGACCCAAGCGGAGGAGGGGGUUGAUGUCCAGCAAAGGCCUGGGGGGCUCCUCGCUCAGGAAAAUGGGGAGCCCCAGAACAAGUUUGGAGGGGGGCGCAACUGUUCUGGAUGCAUCACCUGCAGGUCAAGUGGGGAGGGGACCCUGGAGCACCCCUCCUUCCCUACUCCUCAGCUGGAUGUGUUGCUUCCCCCUUGAGGUGGGGGGGGGGGCAGGAGAAAGAGGCACCCAUCACUAUUGGCUGCCUUCUGAGAUUUGUUCACCCAGUCUGCCAAAGAUGCUGACACCCUGCUGGGUGGUCUGUCCUGCAGGUUCUGCCCUGCUUUGCCCCAUGGUGCAUCUGGGCUGUGGGGCCAGAGUGGGUGGCUUGAACUUUGGCGCCUCAACACUGAGUAAAAUGAGGCCAGAAAUGCUGUUAGCAACUAGCAGGUCACUCUUGUGGGGUUCUGGCAUCUUUAGGCCCUAGAAGGUAGGGGGCCAUGACCUGGGGGGGGCGCUGGUAAAGGAGCCCAUCUUCUGGGCCAGGGAUGCCCAUCCUGCUGGAAGAAGCUACUCCAGGGGAGGCUUCACUUGACUGCAAUCUCCCCACCCCACUUGGCCACUGCUGGGGUGGUCAGGCACCUAUUGCUUUCAGCAAAGUCUCCGGCCUUCCGUGGCCUUAGUUGACCAGGCCAGAAAGCUCUGCUGCCCAGGCCACUUGGAAGAGAGACACCCUGCCUUGUGCCCUCCCUUUGGGGGCCAUCCCUGGGGGGCUGCCGUGGGGUGGAAGCUUGCAGGAAAUUUUGUCCCACAAUGUUCCCCUACUAAGGUGCCUUUUUUCUGCAAGCAUUUCUGUUUAAUUCUUAGAAUGGUAUUGCUUCAUCCAAAAUUAUUGCAUAAGAUGGUUAUGGAAAUUACGGUCAGCCAGGAUUAGGGAACAGAAGGGAUAUUAUGCCAGUCAAAUCUAAAGUGUUGUAAUUUUUUUACGCCCGUAUGUUUAUGCACACAGCAAUUGAGGUUGCUGAGGAUAAUAUAUUUAUAAUGUUCAGCUUUAAAAAAAAUAAAUAAUAUAAGGGAAGUCUCUUAUUAUUUAUUUGACACAUCUCCAAAUAAUUGCAAGCAUUCUCACAAAAAGAUCUCUUGAUGUAUUUUAAAAUAAAAUAAAACCACCCCAA